ACCUAUAUCACAGAAUUUUUAUGUGAUCUACACACCAUUUACUGAUCAGACAGUGGACACAGGAACCAAAGUUUGGCAGUCUUUUGCGAAUGCUUUCAUUUUGAUGGGUGUGAUAGUAUGUAUGACUAUUCUGCUCAUCCUUCUCUACAAGUUCCGCUGUUACAAGGUCAUCCAUGGAUGGCUAAUAAUAUCUUCACUUAUGUUACUGUUCCUGUUUUCUUACAUAUAUUUAGGUGAAGUCUUAAGAGCGUAUAACAUUCCGAUGGAUUAUAUCACUGUGGCUGUCAUUAUGUGGAACUUUGGAGUUGUGGGAAUGAUAUGUAUACACUGGAAGGGGCCCUUGUUGCUCCAGCAGGCCUAUCUUAUCUUGAUAUCAGCUUUAAUGGCUUUGGUAUUUAUCAAGUACCUGCCAGAUUGGACAACCUGGGUAGUUCUAGGAGUCAUUUCUGUCUGGGAUCUGAUUGCUGUGUUGUGUCCACAAGGUCCUUUGAGAAUAUUAGUGGAGACAGCUCAAGAGAGAAAUGAACCCAUUUUUCCAGCUCUAAUUUAUUCCUCUGCAAUGGCCUGGUAUGUUACGAUGGCUGAUAACGAUCCUGCCAGAACUGGUAUUCAACAAACACACAAUAAAAGAGAAUCAGAAGGAGAGGACUCGCACACUGAAAAUGGAGUAAUACCUACCGGGCAGGCUGAUCCAGAUGGGCAAAACUGGCCUUCUACUGAAUCAAAUACAGCCCAGCAGUCUGAUCAGCAAGGUUCUAGUGCAGAUAAUAUUAUUAUAACAAACCUUACCGAUAGGAACACACAGCAGGAAGAAGAAGAACGGGGUGUAAAGCUAGGACUCGGAGAUUUCAUUUUCUAUAGCGUCUUGGUUGGGAAAGCCUCGUCUUAUGGAGACUGGAACACAACCAUUGCCUGCUUUGUAGCAAUUUUGAUUGGAUUAUGUCUCACCUUGCUAUUGCUGGCUAUAUUUAAGAAGGCUCUGCCAGCAUUGCCAAUUUCCAUAGCCUUUGGUCUGGUCUUUUAUUUUGCUACCAGUUCAGUUGUUCGUCCAUUUGCUGACAGUCUGGCUAGUGAACAAGUGUACAUAUAGCAUCAGUUUUUAACUUAGAGUUAUUAAUUUUUUAACAAUCUAUGUUAGUAUUUAUACUAUUUUUUCGUAUAGUGAUCAAGAAGCUCAUGAUUUUCCAAUGAAUUUUCUGGAACCUUAUCUUUAUACAUCAGUGUUAACUUAGAAUCAUUGGUUUUGAAAAGCAGUGUUUUGCACGUGUUAUUAACACGAUUAUUUUGUUUUGUUUUUUAAUCGUUAGAAGCAUACUUACAUGAAGUUAUAUAGUUAUUUGUCAGUAAAAGUAAGGUGUAUUGAAUGAAGUAGGAUCGUAUAAUUUCUUUUAUUGUUCACAGUUGUACUGAUUAAAGUUUUGACCCUUAAGUAAUUCAGUCGAGGAAGAAAUCCUUAA